UUGUUUUUGGGGAAAACGAAAGUAAACUAAGUUUUGUUUUCCAGGCUAAGCUAUUACGUGAAGAAGUGAAUCGUCAUACUGGAAAGGCUGAGUCGGAGCCUGUUGUCUCUUGGAUUAUCGGACACUCUAGUCACGAUGACUUCUGAUAAUGAUGAGAUGCUUGAACGUCGCAUUGAAUGUUUAAAACCGAGACUGCGGCAGAUUAUAAAGGUAGACCAGGUACUGCAAUAUUUACAUUUAGAAUCUGGACGAAAGGAGGCGAUCAGACAGAAACUGAACACGGAGGGUAAUGAAUCGGCUGCGGAUUUGCUUAUUGGUGCGGUUGUUGAGAGGCCACAUCCAGUCGGCUGGUUCAGGGCCUUCGUUGAUGCGUUGAAUCAUGGAGGCAGCGCUCACGCUGGUGACUAUUUGGAGUUAAACCUCCCAGACCCCGAAGUGGAGGCGGAAAAUGAUUACUAUGUCCAGCUAAUUCAGUUAUUUACUCCCAGUCUGGAGGACAUGAAAACAGAAGAAGUGUUGACUCAGUGCUUAGCUCGAUUUCUCCUAACUGCUCCGGACCAAGAGAGGAUUGAGGCUGAAAAAACAAACCACGGAAACAGACGUGGAGCCCAUGAACUUCUGAGCAGGAUCGUGAGAUGCCGACCUGGCUGGUUCUCUGAAUUUCGGGAAAUUCUGCGUGCCACUGAACACACACACCUUUAUGAGCUCAUAGGAGGAUCACCUGAGUGUAAGAAACUGAAAAAUGAAGCAGAAGCAGCAGAGGAGAAACCGGCCGAAAGCUGUCAGAGUGAGGAGCCCAUGGAAAUCAGUGGCACCGAGGGACCUCAGGAUGAUGCCCCAGAUCUGUAUUUAGACGGUGACCUGUCCAAAUCCAUGGAUAAUUUACCUCCAGAUGUAAGCGGCUGUCCAGCAGCAGAAGCAGCAGGGGCCACCGGAGGAGGCCCAGAAGAAAUUUCUCUUCGUGAUUAUCAGAUGGAAGUUGCCAGGCCUGCCCUGGAGGGGGAAAACGUUAUUAUUUGCCUCCCGACAGGAAGCGGUAAAACCAGAGUUGCAGUGUACAUAACCCAAAAACAUCUGGACAGCAGGAGAGCUGAGGGGAAAACAGGGAAGGUGGUUGUCCUGGUGAACAAGAUUCCUCUUGUGGAGCAGCAUUUCUCCACAGAGUUCCGUAUCCUGAAGCUCAAUUACAAAGUGGAGAGGGUCAGUGGAGACUCUCAGCUCAAAAUCUCCUUCGCUAACAUUGUAGAAAGAAACGACAUCAUCAUCUGCACAGCCCAGAUUCUCGAAAAUUACUUGGAGAGGGCUUCCAGCGGAGAGGAUGAAGGGGUGAAGCUAAGCGAUCUGACACUGAUCAUAAUAGAUGAAUGUCACCACACUCAGAAAGGAGAAGUCUACAACCACAUCAUGAUGAGGUACCUGAAACAAAAGCACAAGAACAAAAAGCUCCUGAAGGAGCAGAAGAAGCCCGUACCGCUUCCUCAGAUCCUGGGCCUGACGGCCUCACCGGGGGUCGGAGGUGCCAAAACCCUGAAUAAAGCUGAAGAGCACAUUCUGCGAAUUUGUGCAAACUUGGAUGCUUCCAAAAUUAUGACAGGAAGCAUUGUGAAAAAGGAACAACGGAAAUCCAUCCUGCCUGUUGAAUCGAGAAAAGAGGAUCCCUUUGGUUGUGUGGUGAAGACAAUCAUGACUGCCAUUCACGAGCAUGCCCGGCUUUUCCCCACAUGUGACCUGGGCUCUCAGAAUUACGAACAAUGGGCUGUUCAAAAAGAGCGAGAAGCUGCCAAAGACGGAGACCAGACAGUUCGGGUCUGCGCGGAGUUCCUCCGACGGUAUAAUGAAGGUCUGAUUUUAAGCAACACCAUACGCAUGUGUGACGCUCUCAGUCUCCUGAACAAGUUCCACGAGGAGCAGAUCAAGAAGAAAACAUCACAAGAUGAAGAACAAAACAUGGAAAUAACAGAGACGGAGAGAUUUUUGUUCAAUUUGUUUAAAGACAAAAAGGAAGAGCUGGAGAAGCUGGCAAAGGAUCCAACAUACGAAAACGACAGCCUGUCAAAACUCAGAACUAAAAUUUUACAAGAGUUCAGCAGCCGAAAAGAAGCCAGAGGGAUCAUUUUCACCAAAACACGUCACAGCGCUAUGACUCUUAGCCAGUGGAUUCAAGAAAACCCCAAGUUUGCUGACAUCGAAGUAAAACCUUCUUAUUUCAUUGGAGGAGGAGACCAGAGCGAUACCAAACCAAUGACAGCUGCAGAGCAGAAGGAUGUGUUGAAGAGGUUCAAAAGCGGUGAACUCAACCUCCUUAUUGCUACCACAGUGGCAGAAGAAGGUUUGGACAUAACGGCCUGCAAUUUUGUUAUUCGAUAUGGCCAUGUGACCAAUGAAAUCGCUAUGAUUCAGUCUCAAGGCAGAGGAAGAGCUGAGGACAGCACAUACACUGUCGUGGACGUAAAGAACUCCGGGGUGGCUGAAAAGGAGUGUGUCAACGAGUACCGUGAGCAAAUGAUGAACAAAGCCAUUCAGAAAAUUAAAAAAUUAGAUCAAUCAGUUUACAACAAACAAAUCACAGAGUUUCAGAUACAGGCUAUAAUGGAGGAAAGAGUGAGACAGGUAAAUCAGAAGAAGAAGGCUGUGAAAGAUGAGAACCCGUCUUCUGUAAAGUUUAGCUGUCGUAACUGCACCAAAUACAUCUGCAGCGGCGAAGACAUCCAAAUCAUUGAAAACAUGCACAGAGUCAAUGUUACGCAACAGUUUAGGAAACUUUUCAUCCAGAGAGAAAACGCAUCUCUUCAGGAGCGACGUUUGGACUACGAGACCAAUGGAGUCAUAGCUUGCAGUGGCUGUGGUCAGACAUGGGGUUCAAUGAUGUUUUACCGGGGGAUUGAGCUGCCUUGUCUCCAUGUGAAAAACUUUGUGGUGGAUAUAAAUAAGAAAAAGUACAGCAACUGCACCAGGUGGAACGACCUUCCUGUCAAGUUUCCUGACUUCGACUACAUCGAACACGCCAGCCUGAUGGCACAGGGCUCGGACGAUGAAGUCACAGAGUGACCCUAACAAAUCAAAGCACUUGUUUCUUCCGGAGGUUCUCUUCUGAUGAUACGUUUUGUGUGUGCAUUAACUGCAAUACGCACAGAAUGUGCGGGUUCUGUUCUUUACGUAGACUUAAAUGUUUUUAUUGGUGCCAAGUGCGCUUUGUCUUCAAAUUUUGCACUUAAUUGGAAUUAUGCAUCAUUUAAAUUAAAUUUGAAUCCAUUUACAAAACGACUCAAAAGUAUUUUCGUCAGAAAUCAUUGCUGUCCCGUGAGAUGGCAGGCAGUGAGCCCUUGAUUGUCCCUCAGAGCCCACCUGUCAACUCACAUGCACACAAACAGGUGCUGUUGACUCUGUUUAAUUCACCCGUCAGUGAGUGAUUCACCACUGUUGAGACGGAGCUAUUUACAGAGGCAACCUUUGGUAACCUCUGUGUCCACAUCCUUUUAGGCGACCUAAUCGAUUGGGCAAUUCUGCAAGUUGCACAAAUCCCUCCGGAUU